AUGAAUCGCGAUGAACAGCAACCCGUAACGAUGGAGAGCCCUCGGCCCUCUGGGGUUUCCAGCUUUGAGCACCGCACCCUCCCUCCUCGGAUGCAGUACCGAAGCCGACCCGUCUCUGUCGCAGUCGACCCUGUCUCGUUGGUUAUUUCAGAAUGCAUCUCUAUAACUUCCGCCAUCCAGAAGCAUGCGCGCUCACCGCACUCGUCCGUGUCCGCCAUUCUUGGAGGAAGCCCCAAUCCCGUUCACCUUGGGCCUCCUAGCCCGUCUCCGCGCGGGAGGAGUAAGAGCCCCGCGGCGAGGCUCAGCGACGAUGCGUCCCAUGAUGGCCUCACCAAUCGUUGGGGACUGCGCGGCCAGAGAGGCAAGAGCAUGCAGGACAACCCCAUGAUCACUGGUUUUGGAAAGUUGAGGCAUGAGCUCGCUGGUGUCAAAGAUAUCCGGUCAUUCGAUGCUCCUGCAAUCCUCGCACCGUUCCUGCACGUCAUCCAAGCCAAAGGCACCGCUGCCCCCAUUACGAUUCUGGCCCUCGGCGCACUGAGGAAGUUUCUGGCGUAUGGCUUCAUCUGCCCAGAGUCGCCCCGAUUUGCCCUCGCGAUGCAGUCCCUCUCAGCAGCCGUUACACACUGCCAAUUCGACAUUAGCGAUUCAGGACAGGUCGAGGUUGUACUUCUCAUGAUUCUAAACCUUAUGGAGGAUAUGAUGUCAGGCCCCGGCGGAGAUAUCUUGAGCGACGAGAGCGUCUGCGACAUGAUGGGCCGUGGCCUCGCUAUCUGCUCCCAACCUCGAUUUUCUCCCGUUUUGCGCAGGACCGCUGAGGCUUCCAUGGUCAGGAUGUGUCAAAUCAUAUUCGAAGACAUCAAGCACCUCGAGUUUGAAGCUGGCGAGGAUGCUGAUGCGUUGGAGCAGCAAGUGGACGACGACCUCGAUAGCGUCAGAAUGGAGGCCCCUGCCCCUGAGGCUGAAGGUUUGUCCGCCGAGCCCACGAGUUUGGGGCUGUCUGGAACAGCGACCCCGGACCUUGAGCGGAGUAGCAGGGAGAUAGCGUCAAACUCGGAGACACCUCAAGCCACUGCGAGCGAGCGCACCGAAGAGACGGAGUCUGUUGACCUCAGACCCUAUUCUCUGCCUUCCGUUCGCGAGCUCUUCCGGGUUCUGGUCAACUUCCUGGACCCUCAGGAGCGACAGCACACUGAUAAUAUGAGGGUCAUGGCUUUGCGCAUCAUUCACGUCGCUCUUGAGGUUUCUGGGCCUUUCAUCUCUCGGCACCCUGCAUUGGCUGUUAUCGCCGAGGACCGCUUGUGCUGUUACCUCUUUCAGCUUGUAAGAUCCGACAACAUGGCUGUUCUUCAAGAAUCUCUCACUGUUGCUGGCACGCUACUUGCGACCUGCCGUGGUGUUCUCAAGUUGCAGCAAGAGCUGUUCUUGUCUUACCUGGUCACAUGUCUCCACCCCAAGAUUGAGAUUCCUCGGGAACCUGGAAUCGAGCCAUCUCUAUACGCUGGCAUCCCACUGAACCCCAAACCCAACAGUGGGCGAUCGACCCCCGUUCCAGUCGGGGAACGCCAGAAACUUGGCCUAGAAGGGGGCGCCCGCAAGCCAGAUGCUCGUCAGGCCAUGGUUGAGAGUUUGGGAGUGUUGUCGAGAAUGCCAACAUUCAUGGCAGAGCUUUUCAUCAACUACGAUUGCGACGUUGACCGAGCUGAUCUUUGCGAGGAUAUGAUUGGACUUCUCUCGAGGAAUGCUUUGCCGGACUCAGCCACAUGGAGCACGACAAGCGUCCCCCCUCUCUGCCUCGAUGCCCUGCUGCGAUAUAUCCAGUUCAUCGCCGAACGGCUGGUUGAUGACCCCGUUACUGAUGGCUAUCCUGAUCCGGCCACUUUGCGGGAGCAGAGGCGGAGAAAGAAGCUCAUCAUCAAGGGAGCAGGCAAGUUCAACGAGAAACCUAAAGCAGGUUUGGGCUACCUGGAGGCGCAAGGUAUUAUCGAGAAUGCCAGUGACCCCGUUGCUGUGGCCAGGUUUCUCAAGGGAACUUCCCGUAUCAACAAGAAGGUGCUCGGUGACUUCCUCUCUAAGAGAGGCAAUGAGGCUAUCCUUGAGGCUUUCCUCGAUUCCUUUGACUUCUCUGGUAAGAGAGUGGACGAGGCCUUGAGACAGUUACUCGAAUCAUUCCGCCUGCCAGGAGAAGCGCCUUUGAUUUCCACGAUCGUCGAGUCCUUUGCGGAUAAGUACUGCUCCAAUGACACCACAGAAGAAGUUGCAGACAAGGAUGCGGUGUACAUUCUGACAUAUGCCAUCAUCUUGCUCAACACCGACCAGCACAACCCGAACCUGGAUGCCAAGAAGCGCAUGAAAUUGGAGGACUUUUCCAAGAACCUCAGGGGAACAAACAAUGGCAAGAACUUUGCUCCGGAAUACCUGCAGGGCAUCUACGAGUCCAUCAAGUCCAACGAAAUCAUUCUCCCUGACGAACAUGACAACAAGCACGCCUUCGACUAUGCCUGGAGAGAAUUGCUCCUUAAGACUGAGUCUUCUGGAAGCCUGAUCAUUUGCGAUACGAAUAUUUAUGAUGCCGACAUGUUCGCUACGACCUGGAAGCCAAUUGUUUCUACCCUGUCUUAUGUUUUCAUGUCUGCCACGGACGACGCUGUCUUUGCGCGAAUCGUCACUGGAUUUGAUGAAUGCGCACGCAUCGCCACCAAGUACCAGAACACCGAAGCCCUCGACCAAAUUGUCUAUGUCCUGAGCCACAUGUCUACUUUGGCAACCGAAUCUCCCUUCAACACCUCGCUUAAUACCGAAGUCCAAGCCGGGGAUGGCAGUGUUAUGGUUAGCGAGCUCGCUGUUAAGCUGGGCAGGGACUUUAGAGCCCAGCUUGCGACUCUGGUGCUUUUCCGUGUCGUCACUGAUAGCGAAGAGUUGAUCCGCAAGAGCUGGAAAUAUAUCAUUCGCAUAUGGCUCAAUCUGUUCACCAACUCUCUGAUACCAUCCUUCUCCCCGAGCAGUUUGACAGCCAUGCCCCUACCACCCAUCCCCUUGCAAACCCCCUCACAGGUCAUUGACCGAGUGGCACGAAACGCAGAGACAGGCUUCUUUUCUGCUUUCACUUCGUACAUCUCGAGCUAUGCCGCUGAUGACCCGCCCGAGCCAUCAGAUGAGGAAUUGGAGAGUACACUUUGCACAAUUGAUUGCAUCAAGUCUUGUAAAAUGAAUGCGGUAUUCGACAACCUUGCUAAACUUGAUGCGUCGGUUGCCAAGGCGGUGGUUGAGGCUCUCAUCGAUCAACUUCCCGAGGACUCUACAACGACGGUGAUCAGUGUCAAGCAUGAGAGCAUGCCUGGAUCUCCCACAAACGGCCACGUCCCUCCCUCAGGACACCUCAGAUAUGACCCCAGUGUCACAUACCUUCUGGAAUUCUGCACUUUGUUGGCAACCAGGGAUGAGGAGUCGGUCGAGGACAUGGGCAAGAUAGUUUUCGACACGCUCCAAGGCGACCACGACUUUGUCAAUGUUCCUUUCUUGCUCCAUACCAUCUCAAGCCUACCACAAGAUGCACUGGGCAAAAACUCGGAUCUGGUGUUGCAGGGCCUUGCCCUCUGCAUCGAUGAAUCUGGCCCCUUGAGGCGUGAAAUGAUGACAUCGCCCGACUUUUGGGCCAUCCUUCGUGCCCUAGCUAAACGUCCCGAAGCCGCUGCGCUGGUCUUCGAGAUCCUUGAAAAGGGAACUACCGGGACACCACCCGCAAUCAUGGCCGAUAACUAUGAGGCGGCAAUUUCCUUGCUCAACGAUUUUGCUUCUGCUGCCAGCCCCAAGCACACUGUCAUUCAGACACGCAGCCCUCGACCUCAGAGGUCGAACCCACCUAAGCAGGAUAAGAAACGCCAAGCGGAAGCUGUGGCGAGAGGGUCCAAGGCCGUCAAUAUGCUGUACAACAUGACGGAUCGCAUCCCUCAUCUUAUGCAGCAAUCUCAGCUCGAGAGCAGUGAAGCCUGGUCGGCGUACUGGUUGCCAAUCUUCCAGGCCUUGACAACACAAUGCGCAAACCCUUGCAGAGAUGUUCGACAACUGGCUUUCUCCGCCCUGCAGCGAUCUCUGCUUUCACCAGAGCUGACCUGCAGUGACCCGAAGGAAUGGACUGCUAUCUUUGGCAAGGUCCUAUUUCCCUUGAUCAUCCAACUCCUCAAGCCAGAGGUCUUCUCAUCUGACCGAGAUGGAAUGAGUGAGAUGAGGGUCCAGUCCGCCUCCCUUCUUUGCAAAGUGUUCCUUCAGUAUAUGGUGCUUCUGUCCGAAUGGGAUGGUAUGCUGGAUCUCUGGAUUAAGAUCAUCGAGAUUAUGGAUCGCCUCAUGAACAGUGGCCAGGGAGACAGCCUUGAGGAGGCAGUUCGAGAAAACCUUAAGAACGUGUUGUUGUUCAUGGCCAGCAGUGGAUACCUGGUGUCACCAAGCAAGGAUCCCUCUAAGGAGGAGCUAUGGUCGGAGACUUGGAAGCGCAUCGACCGUUUCCUGCCCGACCUUCGCGGCGAUCUUGCUCUCGAUGAGCCUGCCGUCGAGGAGAAGGCUGAGAGGAAGAGUGCGGAAAAGAAAGAAGAGCAUCAGGAGCAGGCCGAAGAGGGCAGUGCCAAGGUUGAGGAGAAGGGCGAGGAGGCCGAGGAGGUGGAAAAGAAAGAGGAGAAGAAAGAGGAGGCAAGCGAGGAGCAGUAA